AUGAGCGCUCCCGAAGGACGGCGCCAGUCGCAGCGCAUUGCCAAGCGCAGCGCGGAGGAUGUGCCCUCUGCAUCCAAUCCCGUAGAGAAGAGUGUGAAGCGAGAGCCUGUCAAGGCUGCGCCGGCCAAGGCCGCGCCUGCGGCCGACGAGGCGGUGACGAGCUUAUCGGUGGGUGACGCGCUCCCCGCGCUUGUCCUCCUCGACCAGGACAAUGAGGAAGUGCGCAUUGCAGAGCUGAACAACGCGGUGCUCUUUACGUACCCCCGUGCCAACACGCCGGGGUGCACGAAGCAGGCGCAGUGCUACCGCGACGCAUCGGAUGAGUGGGCGGCCGCCGGCUACACCGUCUUUGGCCUCUCGAGCGACGCACCGAAAUCGCAAAAGACGUGGGCGGCGAAGCUCGGACUCAAGUACCGCCUGCUCAGCGACCCUGACCGCGAGCUGAUCGGCGCGCUUACCGGAAGCAAGUCAAGCACGAAGCGCAGCCACUUUGUCGUGCGCGACGGAAAGCUGGCGCUGUCGUCCGUUGGCGUCAAGCCGGUCGAGAGCUCGCCUGCUGCCCUCAAAUUUGCCCAGUCGUAG